AUGGAGAACCAAAAGAUCUCCGACUUCCUCGCCGACCAGCUUCAACAAGCUCCGGAGCAGUGCCAGGCGUCAUUCUUGAGCUUCGAAGAGUACUGGGAGCGAAAGCUGUGGCACCAGCUGACCAAUGCCUUGAUCGACUUCUUCCGUCUACCAGAGAGCGCUCCCCAGCGGUUACCGUUAUUCAAGACAUUCGUCCUGAGCUUCGCAGACAAGAUCAACCAGCUGAACUUUGUUUCGUUGGGGUUGAUGGCGUCGACAGAAUGCGCGGAUGACCAAGAACGACUUUCCUUCCUCACAUCACUCGCCGACAAGGUGAACAAGCCAGAGUCACAAGACGCUUACAUCUACGCCCUCGCGGAGGUCGCCAAUGUCAAACAACGGCUUCAGAAUUUGGACGGCGCGCAGAAGGACCUAGAGACAUGUCAGAAGGUGUUGGACUCGUUUGACGCGGUGGAGAACGUUGUACAUGCUUCAUUCUACAAAGUCAACGCCGACUACUACCACGCCAAGCAAGAAUUUGCCUCCUUCUACAAAAACGCCCUUCUCUACCUCGCCUGCAUCGACCUCGAGGAGCUGUCCGAAUCCGAGCGUGUAUCGCGCGCUUACAACCUCAGCGUCGCCGCCCUGGUCUCAGACUCCAUCUACAACUUCGGUGAACUCCUCCUGCACCCGAUUCUCGAUUCUUUGACCGAGACAUCACACGCCUGGCUCCGCGACCUUCUUUUCGCCUUCAACCGUGGCGAUCUCACCGCCUACGACGUCCUCGCAGGCAACGUCUCUAAGAACCAGCUCCUCCAGUCGCACCGGUUCUUCCUAUACCAAAAGAUCUCCCUCUCCGCACUGACCGAGAUGGUCUUCCGCCGCCCGCCACACGACCGCAACUUGACAUUUGCGUCGAUCUCCGCUGAGACGAAAGUCAAGCCCGAAGAAAUCGAGCACCUAGUUAUGAAGGCGCUGUCGCUGGGUCUGCUGAAGGGUGCUAUUGACCAGGUCGGCCAGGUCGCUCAGAUUAACUGGGUGCAGCCCAAGGUGUUGGAUAUGAAGCAGAUUGAAGGCAUGCGGAAUAGACUGAAGGACUGGGAUGCCGGUGUUAACCAGUUGGGUCACUGGAUCGAGGGUGUGGGCAAGGAUGUGUGGGCCGCAUAG